UGGCCUGGGUGCGCGUCAGGAGUGGCCUUCAUCGACACGUGUCAGAUUCUCGCUUGCAAAAGCAGCUACGCAGUGCGCUGGUCCAAGCAGCAAAGGCCUGUCGAUAGCCUCGCGCGGUGGAGAUCGGAGUCCCGGCCCCUCUCUGCAACCCCGAACUCCGAGAUCGUCCGCCGCCGCCGCCGAAGAUGAUCGUCUGCGUCGCCGUCGUCGGCCACCAGAACAAUCCGCUGUACCUGCAGAGCUUCACGGAAGCCGACGAUGCUUUGAAGCUCCACCACAUCGUCCACUGCUCCUUGGACGUCAUCGAAGAGCGAGUUAAUAAUCCCAAGAAAAGUGGAUCUACUUUAAAUGAGACAUUUCUUGGUCUUCUGUAUCCAACAGAGAAUUACAAAGUGUAUGGGUAUCUGACUAACACAAAGGUCAAAUUCAUCAUGGUUAUGACUGAUUUAGAUGUCAAAGAUGCAGACAUAAGAAGUUUUUUUAGCAGGUUCCAUGCCGCAUACGUAGAUGCCGUCUCCAACCCCUUCCAUGUCCCAGGGAAGAAGAUUACCUCCAAGAGCUUUGGACAAAGAGUUAGUAGCAUGGUCAAGUCCUUUGUACCGGGUGCAACUACAUAACAGCACUGCUUUUGUGAUAUUAGUUUCAAGCACCGGUUGCAUCAGGGGAAAGGUAUGACGUUUUCUUUUUCGGACGUCAAAAUCACUAUCCCUGUUCUUAUCUGUUCCUUUCUGCCUUACCUACUCAUGUAGUUUUGACCAUGUAAGCUUACUAAAGUACUUUUCUUCUUCUUUUUUUUUUUGAAAAGAAGCUUAAUAAAGUGCUUUCAAGGGGAAUAUAUGUGAAUGAGAUAUCUUUUCUUAAUUUUGGUCCUCAAA